AGAGGAAUUUCCCGGCACGCUCGGGCCGCCCGGCGCGUGUCGGCGGCGCCCCAGUCCCGCGCCGCGAGCUCUUCAGGCCCAGAGGAUGGCGGCUCGGUGGCUGACAUCAGUCAGAUCCCGCUGUCGGAGCCGCUGCCGGGCUUGCCGAUGCCGGUCAGCUCGACGGCCGUGUUCGGCGCCACCGAGACCCAGGUCACCACGCUCAGCAACGGCCUGCGCGUCGCCUCAGAGCCCAAGCACGGCCAGCACUGCACCGUCGGAGUGGUGGCUGACGCCGGCUCCCGCUAUGAAGUGGCCUAUCCCAGCGGCGUCUCGCACUUCCUGGAGAAGCUGUCUUUCGGGGCGACUAAAAACUUCAAAGACCGGAACGAGAUCAUGCUGACGUUAGAGCGUCUCGGCGGAAUAUGCGACUGCCAGCAGUCCAGGGAUGUCUCCAUACACGCGGCCUCUGCGGAAGCGAAAAAUGUGAACGCGGUCGUAUCUCUGCUGUCAGAUGUCAUCCUCGCACAGUAA